UCUGCCCAGCUCACAACCCUAACUUCAACCUUUUUCUUGAAACCUUUCGAUCCAAACCCAAAAUGUGUAAGAUUUCGUCCACAUUUUUUCUAUAUUUCAUACAAAAACGUUUCGUCAAUACGGUUUCUACUCCUACGUUGCCUUCAGCGUCUGUUUCCACAAUUGAAUUCCUCAAAAAUUCAUGUGGGCUUCCUUCAGAAUCUCCUUCUUCCGCCCGUCAAAACCCCCAAAUAGAUGAAAGAAACAUCCAGCACUACCAAGCCAUUCUCGGUAUCUUGCAAUCGCAUGGAUUCGAGAAUUCACAGAUCGCCAAGUUGGUUUCGAGACAACCUUCGGUUCUUCGAUCCAAAGUAUCCACCAAUCUGAAGCCUAAAUUUGAGUUCCUCCAGGAAAUCGGGUUCGAUGGUCCUUUACUUCCUAAGCUAAUUCUAUCAAACCCUUGGAUUCUUAGCAGGAGCUUAGAUUCUCAUUUGAAACCAUCAUUUUUUUUCUUGAAGGAAAUUCUUGAAUCGGAUGAAAAAUGAAGGUGUACCUUCUUGGAGAAUAGCGACACUGAUUGUAACGCAGCCUAGAACUAUAAUGCGAAAGCUUGAUACAAUGAUUGAAGUAGUCAAAAGGGUUAAAGAAUUGGGCAUUGAACCAAAGGCUACUAUGUUUCUUCAUGCACUUAGAGUAAGGAGUUCAAUGAAUGAUUCAACUUGGGAGAAGAAAAUAAAUGUUUUGAAGAGUUUAGGAUGGUCUGAGAAGGAGAUUCUUACAGCAUUUAAGAAAUGUCCACUUUAUUUAAUUCGUUCAGAGGAGAAAAUGAGGGUUGUUGCAGAUUUCUGUUUCAACACUGCAAAGUUGGAUCCAGAAGUUGUAAUUUUUUACCCUAAGUUAUUCAUGUGUGCACUGGACAACCGGCUCCGACGGAGGUACAAAGUUCUUGAGGUUUUAAAGGCUAAAAAUCUUCUUAAGAGUAAAAAGAUUGCUUGGAUGCUUUUAGUAGCGGAGAAAAGAUUUGUGGAGAUUUGUGUUCUUAAGCAUUUGGAUGAAAUCCCAAAUCUUAUGGACGUGUACCGGGGCAAUGUCGCAGCCGAAACCAGUUCUGUUCAAUAGGACUGGAAAGUUGUAAGUUCAAAACAUUCUAUUAGUUUAAUUUCAGCAUCAUUGUCUUCAAAAUGGGAGAGCAUUUUUUUCUUGUCAUUCAAAGAACACUGCUUCUUGAGCUUGUCAAGAUUUCUCUCUCAUUUCAAGUGGGAGACUUCUGUUAUUUUCCCUUCUAAUUUGAUACUGUUAGCUAAUUCUUUUGCUGUAUACUUCUUAGAGUUGAAAUUGAGAGGCCUUUUGUUUUUCCCUUCCUAAUCUUUCGAACAAAAGCACUGGCAAGCUUCUCACUAGAAGCUGGCUUCGUCUUCUACGUCGUGGUUCAAGUUAGUGUUGGGCACAUAGUUAUUCAAGAAAAGGCAUAUAUAUAUUUAUAUAUAUGUAUUCUCUUGGAUUUUGGAUGAGUUUGUGCUCCAUGGAUAGAAGGAAUGAACUUCAUUUCUCAAUUUCACCAAGCUACCCACAUCAAGAGUUUUGUUAAGCCCUUUUUUCCUCUA